UCGUGGGGAAGACGUAGUCUUCGGGUUUUCCACAGGCUGAGCUAGGAGAUGGCUGACCGGCCAGCAGGCAGAAAGGCAAGGGGUGGGAACAAGAAGAAGAGACGGAAGGCGGCGCGUGGAGAGGCGAACCGCGGCCGAUCUCAGCCCGUACCCCCGCAACCCUCGCCUUCUCCCCUGCCGACACUCGUUCGAGCACCUCGUCCAGGCGCUCCUACAGUCUCUGGCCAGACUCAUUCAACAAGUCAGAGUGAUUCACCAGGAGGUGCCCUGUCAGGCGUGUGACGAGUCAGCACCUCUCCCUCCUCU